AUGCAGAAGGGUGGGCAGGGACAUGUUAUUCUUCGACAUGUUGCUGUUUAUCAUCAUCAAACUUGCCGACUUAUCAAGUCAAAUAGCAAAAUUGCUAGCCUACCGGACAAAGAGGUGCUUCCUUUCAAGGUCACCCAUUUCAAUGCAAAUUUCUUUUGUUUUAUCGCCAACUACAGUUCGUCAGCUUUCUUACUGUUGUUCUGCUCCCCAGAUGAACAACUCAAGUCCUUUGUCGUCUCGAAUGCUUCAUUUGUGAUGGAUGGGAAUCUUAAAACCUAUUCUAAGUCAUUUGUGAGAAAUACUACUUUGAAAAGAGAAAUUAAAUCUUUCAUCAAAAAAAGUCUCAAAAAUCAGAUGGCAGAACUGGAACCUUCUGAAAGGAGAAAAAAUAUGCCUGGCGAUCAGUGGAAAGCGUCAUAUGUAUCUAUUGUAAGAUCAUGCCAAUUCUACCUCUGCUCAUUAAAUCCAACUAACAUUUUAGUUAUGAAUGGGGGUAAGUGGAGCGCUCAGCAUAAUGUAAUGGUGCCUUCAGAUUCUCAUGCAGGCUCUAUAACACCACCGGAGGAGCAAGGUGAAGGAGAAGACCUCCCUCUAGCGGUAUCGGUGGAGGAAACAUCGAUUGAAUUAUUAAUUAGCGUUGAAAGACCGCCAGAGGCUGGUGCUUUUUCAUCCACUUCAAGUCAAAUCAAUCGUUCUUAUCGAGGCCUUGGACCAUUGCGGGGUGAACAAAACCCACCUAUAGAAGCAUUGAAUGACUUAACAAUGUGGCUAAACAAUGAUUUUAUGACCAGUCCUUAUUACACCGCUCUUUACAUAGCCUCAGCACUGCUGCGUUUUGGUGCAGUACCACCUAGUUAUUUGCCGCCUAUUACCAUACAUGACUUUACUUGGAGAGACUAUCCAGAUAACACGGCUGUCCCAAUGUUAAGUAUGAUGGUACCAAUUCUUGCAAAUUUGUCGCCUUAUGAACCGACGCUAGUUGAUCAAAAUAAGAGCUGCGUCUAUGUAUGGAACCUUCCUCCUCGAUUUACGUUAGAAGAACUUUUUCUCUUAUUCGCACCAUUUGGACGGAUAGAGGAGUGCUCUGUGGAUGCAAAUAUGGCACGCAUUGAUAACCGGUCUCAUGGUAUUUCAUUGUUUUACAUUUUACACUUAUCAGUAAUUCAAUGCAAACGUUUAUUUAUUUGCUCCUUUAUCUUAAAGGAUUUAUAA